AUGGCAGGCGCGAAGCGAAAGCAAAGCAACUUGCAAGUCUCCAAAAUGGCCGGAAAACAAGAGAAAGGAGCCGAUGUACCGCGAGAGAAUGUCUUUCUCUUUGUUCCCAAUUUGAUCGGCUACGCGCGCAUUAUUAUUGCCGCGAUCUCGUUGUACUACAUGCGCGACAAUCCGCGUUUGUGUACAGUGCUCUAUUUGGUAUCUUGUAUUCUCGAUGCAUUUGAUGGAAAAAUGGCACGCUUGCUAAACCAAAGCACGCGUUUUGGUGCAGUUCUGGAUAUGGUCACCGAUAGAUGCACAACAGCCUGUCUUUUAUGUUUUCUGACUGCAGCGUAUCCUCAAUAUGCUUUGCUGUUCCAGGGUCUUGUUACACUGGACUUCAGCAGUCAUUAUAUCCACAUGUACAGCUCGUUGGUAUCGGGCUCUGCAUCUCACAAAAAAGUUGAUGUCAAAACUUCUCGCAUUCUUGCCCUUUAUUACACGGAUACACGUGUAUUGUUCGUUCUUUGCGCUGCGAAUGAGCUUUUCUUCGUUUGCUUGUACCUGAUGGCCUUCUACACUCGUCCUUUGGGUGUGAACAUCGCGCCAUUUCUUCCGGAUGCUAUCUUUAACCUGGUUACUUCAAGCAAGGACAAUUUGAUGUUCCAUAUUGUUCAUGAAAUUAUACCUAGUCUGACAUGGCCUCAAAUUGUUGGAGGCCUUCUGUUUCCGAUGUGUGCGAUCAAGCAGAUUAUCAACUGCGUCCAAUUCUGGAAGGCUGCCAAGAUGUUGACAGACAUGGACCACUCGGAGCGUCGUAAGCGUCGUAUGUGA